AUGGGGCGGUUCCCCUCUGGGGCCAGGGGGGCUGCCCAGGGCUGUUUUCACUUCGCUCCCCCCACCCCCCAGAGGCUGGAGCAGGAGAAGUAUGAGCUGCGCCGGCGGCUGGAGUCGGGGGUGGCCGAGUGGGAGACGCGGGUGGCAGAGCUGGAGGGGGACCUGGCGGCCCUGCGAGCCCAGCUGGGCCACCAGCGGCUGGAGCAGCAGGACACCAGCCGGGAGAGCUCCCAGGUGGCACAGGAGCUGUCGGAGCAGAACCAGCGCCUGGCCGAGCAGCUGAGCCAGGCCUUCCAGCUGGAGCAGCGGCUGCAGGAUGAGCUGAUGGCCUUGCGGGUUGAGAAUCGCAGCCUGGGGAUGAGCAGCGCCGAGCACGCGGCCCGGACCCAGAGCCUGCAGGCCGAGAACCUGAUGCUGCAGGAACGGAAGCUGGAGCUGGAGCGUCAGACCCGGCAGCUGCGGGAGGAGACCGAGGCCGUGCAGGGGCUGGUGGAGACGCUGCAUGAAAACCUGCUGCUGCUGCGCCGGGAGGUGCACGAGAAGGAGCUGCAGGCCCAGCAGCUCCGGGCAGAGGCAGAGGAGCUCCGAGUCUCCAACAGGUGGCUCCAGCGCCGGGUAAGGGAGAUGGCAGACGAGAUUCGUCUCCAUGACUCAGAUGCCUCGCUCGCCUCCCUGCAGUCAGAGAUUGAGCAGAGCGGUGAGGGGAGCCUGGAGCAGAACGGGGGGCCUGCUAAGCCCCUGGCCACGACCGUCUCUGAUGCUGCUCCUGGGGGUCCGAAGACCCCAGCCCAGGGGUCGGAAGAGGAGGGUGAAUGUGCUAAACGGGUCUUGGCUCUGACCCAGCUGGAUCAAGACCUGCUGAGACAGAAAGAGGUAGAGAUACAAAAACUCCAUGACCAGCUGACCCUGCAGCACGUGCAGAGGGCACCUCGGGGACUGGCCGAAGCCAGAGACGCCUCUUCCAGAGAAGUGAUCGCGACAGACCUCACUGGCCGUGGCGAUCGGCGAAUCAAGCCAUUAUCAAGAAGGGCCAGAUGGAGCUGAAGCUGACCCAGGUCUCUCUGGAGCGGGACUCCAUGAGCCAACAGCUGCUGGCCGCCAUCCGCCAGAAGAUGGUGCUGUGCCAGGAGCUGGAGGGCUGGCAGGAUGACAUGGAGUUCAUUAUCAAGCAGCAGCUGAAGCUCCAGCGGCAGCAAGAAGGGAUCCACACAUCCCCCCUGCCUCCCUCCAGGUCCCCGGUGCAGGCCAAGACCUCGCCUUUCUUUCGGCGUGGGAACAGCGCCCCAAAUGGCACCAGCUUCCUAUCGCUCUUCAAAAAGAGCUGAGACCCUGGGGGCUGAUUCUGGAGAUUCUAGGGGGUGGAGAGGAAGAGGGGUCAGGGUGGGGUGAGUGGACACAAGACACCAGCACCAAACAAAGGAAGCAGCCAAGCCAGCUGGUUACUGAGGUGCCAAUGAGAGGAGUCUUUGGAUAACUAGCUGCAAGGUCACUCAACAGAAUGUUCUAGGUCACUCAACUAGAGAGUCUGUCCAGAGGAGUUGCUGAUAUGCUACUGCAAGUUCCAGGUCUCCAAACCCUUCCUCCCUCAAUUGCCCAAGCUGAUGUUCUAGGUGGGUCAACAGAGCCAUUCUAGGUACUCAGCCUCUGAGGUUUAAUGCUGCACGUUGAACAAGCAAGGGUCUGGCCAUGGGCUGUUCUAGGUUACCCAAUCCUAUCUGAUUGGGUAACCUGUAGUAGCUGCCCACAGGGUGCUAGGUUCUCUUACUGCACAAUCUGUUGGCUAACUGUAACCAGCUGUAUAUUCCAUAUUGACUGGACUAGGAUUCUAGAUUAUCCCACUGAGUGAUCUGUAUUGGCCAGCUUUAUGCUACUCGAUAUGCCAGGGGUGGGCAAACUUUUUGGCCACAUUGGGUUUCUGAACUUGUAUGGAGGGCUGGUUAGGGG